AUGGCUCAUCAUCAUUUAGCUAUUGCAUUUCUUUUUCUUAUUGUUGGGCAUAUGUAUAGAACUAAUUUUGGGAUUGGGCAGAGUAUGAAAGAUCUUUUAGAUGCACAUAUCCCUCCGGGAGGGCGAUUGGGACGUGGGCAAAAGGGCCUUUAUGACACAAUUAAUAAUUCGCUUCAUUUUCAAUUCGGCCUUGCUCUAGCUUCUUUAGGGGUUACUACUUCUUUGGUAGCUCAACACAUGUACUCUUUACCCGCUUAUGCAUUUAUAACACAAGACUUUACUACUCAAGCUGCAUUAUAUACUCAUAACCAAUACAUUGCAGGAUUCAUCAUGACAAUAGCUUUUGCUCAUGGAGCUAUAUUUUUUAUUAGGGAUUACAAUCCGGAACAGAAUGAGGAUAAUGUUUCCAUACCUUGGGACUUUUAUGUUCAUAAUGAUGUCGUGCUUGCCUUUGGUACUCCGGAGAAGCAAAUCUUAAUCGAACCUAUAUUUUCUCAAUGGAUACAAUCUGCUCAUGGUAAAACUUCAUAUGGGUUCGAUAUACUUUUAUCUUCAACGAAUAGCCCGACAUUCAAUGCGGGUCGAAGCAUAUGGUUGUCGGGUUGGUUAAAUGCUAUUAAUGAGAAUAGUAAUUCACUAUUCUUAACAAUAGGUCCUGGGGACUUUUUGGUUCAUUAUGCUAUUGCUCUGGGUUUACAUACAACUACGUUGAUCUUAGUAAAAGGUGCGUUAGAUGCACGUGGUUCCAAGUUAAUGCCAGAUAAAAAGGAUUUCGGGUAUAGUUUUCCGUGCGAUGGCCCAGGACGAGGCGGUACUUGUGAUAUUUCGCCUUGA